GUGUGUGUGAUGUGUGAUGGGCUUGUGACGCUAAGAACAACAAACAUCCUCAGGCCAUCAGGGCGACCGGCAGCCAUGGACUUCAGUGGCACCUGGAAAGUUUAUUCUGAAGAAAACCUCGAGGAGUUCUUAAAAGUAGUAGGUGCACCACAAAUGGUUUCCAAAAUGAGAAAGGAUAUCAAGCCGGUGAUUGUGAUUGAGCAGAAAGGCAAAGACUUCACCUACACAAUGAAGACUCCCGUCUGCUCCCAAGUGCACUCAUUCAGCAUUGGAAAAGAGUCAGAGAUGACUGCUGUGGAUGGCAGGAAGUUUAAGUGCACAGUCAGAGAGGAGAAUGGGAAGCUGAUUGCUGAGUCUGAUAAGUUCACCUCCGUGCGAGAGAUCCAAGGGGAUGAAAUGGUUGAGACCAUCACUGCUGGCUCUGUAACUUUCAUCAGCAGAAGUAAACGAGUCUGAUCCACGCCUGACAGUGAACAGAUGUCUCCGAGACCUUCUCAGCUUCAAACAUGGGCCAUCUGCAAAUGAAAACAAUGAAAUAUAUAUACAUAUAUAUAUAUACAGUAUAUGUAUGAAUAAAUUUGAAUGAUUAAAUAAACCAACACGUUUGCUUUUA